UCCUCUCAGUUCCUCAUUUUCAGCUCAUGUGAGUCAGUCUUAUGCCCUGGAGGAUGAUAAACACGGUCAUAGCUCCCAGGCUGUUGAGUUUCAGAGCUUCGUGACUGUGGAUUUUGGACAUGGCUGUUCAAAAUGAAGCUCUUCCUCAAUACCUGAAUGUGGAGAGACCGUCCAAAUCCACUCAUUCGAGUGCGAGACAAGAUUGGGACAGAGCACUCAGGCUGGCUGGAGUGUGUGUUGGUGUGAUGUGUAUUCUUCAGGGGACUCUCAAUAUCGUCCUGAGACUGUACUUUACGUUUCAGGAAAACACAGCCUUGUUACACACUGUCUGCAACAACCAGUCUGUAGACGGAAACCAGCAUCAGACCGAUGGAACGAUGGAGAGAAACCAGUUACAGAUCAGGUACAACAACCUGGCAGAGGAGAGAAACCAGCUACAGGCCAGGUUCAACACACUGACCAGUCAGAACGAUCAGCUACAGGCCAGGUUCAACACACUGACCAGUCAGAACGAUCAGCUACAGGCCAGGUUCAACACACUGACCAGUCAGAACGAUCAGCUACAGGCCAGGUUCAACACACUGACCAGACAGAACGAUCAGCUACAGGCCAGGUUCAACACACUGACCAGUCAGAACGAUCAGCUACAGGCCAGGUUCAACACACUGACCAGUCAGAACGAUCAGCUACAGGCCAGGUUCAACACACUGACCAGUCAGAACGAUCAGCUACAGGCCAGGUUCAACACACUGACCAGUCAGAACGAUCAGCUACAGGCCAGGUUCAACACACUGACCAGUGAGAAUCAGCAGUUAAAGACCAACUACUACAACCUGCAAAGGGAUAAAGACCAGUUGCAGACCAGCUGCACCAAUCAAGCAAACGAGAAGAGUGGACUCCAGAAGAAGCUUGCUGACCUGGAUCGAAGCAUUAACGUGCCGGGAUGGAUCUACUUCAGCUCCAGUACUUAUCUUGUCUCUACUGAGAGGUUGAGCUGGCUUGGAGCAAAACAGUACUGUAGAGACAGAAGAUCAGACCUGGUGAUCAUCAACGGCAGAGAGGAGCAGGACUUUGUUGAAAUGAUCAGGAGAGGUGAGGAAGCCUGGAUCGGCCUCAGUGACAGAGGCAAGGAGGGGGACUGGAAGUGGGUGGACGGCUCAGCACUGACCACUAGGUUCUGGAGUAGCAUGGAACCCAAUAAUUAUGAAGGAGGAGAGAGCUGUGUUACAACUGGCUAUGCACCGACGGAUGGGAGACCAGUGGUGGAUGUAAUAAACACAUGGAACGACCAGGCAUGCUCUAAAACUUUUCACAUUAUUUGUGAGAGGAAAAUUCCAAGAGAUCUUUUUAAUUAGACUUAAGUUGGUUGUAAAUGUGAGGUUUUUAAAACAGGGGGUUUCAGUGUCCUGUUUACCUUCUCAGUUAUUAAAGUACUGUACGUGCUGAAUCAUGUAUACAUAGAGCACAUAUAGUGCUGUUUAUAUACCCACAAUUUUCCCUUCUCUCAGUCUAGAGAACACAGUUCCACUGUUCCACAGCUCAAUACUGGCCAUGGAACCAUUGGUUAACAAGCGAUGUCUCUCUAAACGUGUACAACUGUAAUGCAUGACAUGUUAAAUAAAGAGCAUGUAUUGUUUAAAA